AACUUUCACCUUACAGUAGCUAAAAUAUCAGUAAGUUUUUGCUCCAUAUAGGAACGGUGUAGAUGUUGUUUACAAAAUGGGAAACAAAUGGUGCUGACGUGUUUAUCCGGUCUGUGACAAUAUGCAGUGCGUGUGCACACUGUUGUUUAUGUUUCAUUAAUGUAAAUUGUUGGUAGUCAAGGACAGGCACUAACAUAAGAGUUAAACGGCAUUGUUUUGGAAAAAGUACGAUGGACAGUAAACUGGGGUAAAUUUUGAGAAUAGCAUGGGCCGGACCUGAAAUGAAAAUACUGGAAAUUAUGAAAGUUACAAAAUGCUGAUCAACCAACUACUUACAGAAGCAAAUUUCUUCUCUGCAGCUGUCUUCUCCUUCCCAAAAUCACUGUGAUUCUACGUUGUUGUCUGAAGAAAUGCUGUAUCAGUCACAUGGAUCAACCAUUGAAAGUAGAAAUGAAUGCAGUGCAUACUGCACAUGAUAAAGUCCGUUCCUUGUGCCUUUCAGUUGAAUUAUGUGUAGUUUGUGGAGACAGGGCAUCAGGUCGGCAUUAUGGAGCAAUAAGCUGUGAAGGAUGUAAAGGGUUUUUCAAACGUUCUAUACGCAAACAGUUAGGUUAUCAGUGCCGAGGAAACAAGAAUUGUGAAGUUACCAAACAUCACAGGAAUAGGUGUCAGUAUUGCCGUCUUCAGAAGUGCCUUACAAUGGGAAUGAGAAGUGAUUCUCCCCAUGUUUUAGCCGUCCAGCACGAGCGGAAACCAAUUUCCGAGAAACGGGAUUACUCUGUCACAGGUGUUAGUUCACCCUUUCCCCAGAAUCCUUUAAACAAGAUAUACAUUAGGAAAGAUUUGAAUUUGGAUUCUUCUGGUCUACCAUCCAACUUCUCAAUUUCGGAUUUAGGACAGAUAAACUCAAAUUUUGGAAAAUCUGCAGUGGACUGCAGACAGUUGUCUCCAAGCCAAGGGAGUGCAGAUGAAGAAGGUUCAGUGGACAGCUUUUUAGGGAAUGGAGAUUUGAAUGAUUCAUUAAGUGCUGCACGAGACAAAACUAUUAUCUCACAUGCACUGGAUACAGCUGCAAAGAAUUUAAAUGAAAGUGACUCAUUUGCAUUGGCAGACUAUGGUGAUGAAAGUGUUUUCGAGCUGGAAGGCCUACUAGUUCAAGAUCACCACAUUUCUUUUAACUUGCAGACACCAAGUCCAAUGCCAGCCUACCUAAAUGUGCACUAUAUUUGUGAAAGUGCUUCUAGACUACUGUUCCUGUCUGUUCAUUGGGCUCGUAGCUUACCAGCAUUCCAACUGUUGAGUUCAGAUACACAUGUUGCUUUACUACGUGCAUGUUGGGCUGAGCUUUUUACUCUUGGACUUGCUCAGUGCUCUGAGGUGCUCUCACUUUCUUCCAUCCUUUCAUCAAUUAUUGGUCAUCUUCAAACUUCUGUAACACAAGAAAGCAUAUCUGCACGACAUGUGAAACAAGUGACGGAUCACAUAUGUAAGUUGCAGGAAUAUGUGAAUUCUAUGAAUAGGCUGCAGAUUGAUGAGCAUGAAUAUGCUUACUUGAAAGCGAUUACACUUUUCAGUGCUGAUCAGCCUGGUCUUCACACUCGACGUCAGGUAGAAAAAUUUCAAGAAAAAGCUUUUAGAGAACUCCGUACAUAUGUAACGCAAACAUUUCCAGAAGAUAGUGAUAGGUUUCCGCGGUUAUUACUCAGACUUCCGCCUCUUCGAGCUCUACAGCCUAAAGUUGUGGAAGAACUAUUUUUCGCUGGUUUAAUAGGUAGUGUUCAAAUUGAUAGUGUGAUACCGUACAUAUUAAGAAUGGAUGGUGGUGACUGCAAUGACCAAAUCGUUUCAGGAAAUGAUAUGAAUGUUGGUGAAUUUGGAAGAAGGCUGUUCAAAGUGGAAGAUAGUGAAGAAGAGUUAUCAUAAUGUAUUUUCAUAUGAAAAUUCUAAUAAGCAGGAAAUGAUUACACUAUUUUUUUGCAAAUUUUGUACAUUUCUGUAGCUUUACAGAAAAUAUUUUAUUAAAAAUGCUUGUGAGGGGAGAAAAAUUGUCCUCAUAUUUCGUGUAUUACAUGCAGUUGUAAGAUACUUAACCAGUUAAUGAACUAGCUGCAGUUUUAAACUGUGUUUAUAGCCCCUUAAUUGUUGCAAUGUUAUUUUGUUAAUUUGUUAAAUUUCAUUAUUUUAUCACUAUGACGUUCUGUGUGUGUUCCGUGCUUUUAAGUAAUUUCUGUGAUAUAUAAUUUCAGAAACUUGUUUAAUAGUUAUUGUUAUGAUCUUGCCUAAUUUAUUUUUUACUUAUUUUACGUGAAAUUGUUUUUAUAAUGAGAGGCGGAGAGAAAAGAAGUUUUCAACUUAUAUAUUACACCGAGUCGUGCAGGAAUUAAAAAAAAAAUAAACAAACAUAUGAAAUAUUAAAAAUAUUAUAUAUAGUAGUUUGCCAUCUUUCAGUAAUAAAGUUGUAAAAUGGUAACAAGGAAUUGUGACAUUCGAAAUAGGUAGGGUAAUUAAUUAAAAGUUGGAUCUGCUCCUGCAUUAGGAGAAUAUCAUCAUCUCUUAGUACAGCAGCAGUAUGUUUAAUAUAAAAAAUGGGUAGGACGGAUGGACAGGGAUUACCGAGGAAGGGAGAAACGUUGAGAUUUUUGUUGAAUAUGUAGGUAAGGUGAGACAAGGAAAGCAGUUUUGUUAUAAAUUGAACCCUGCCCAUUGCUAGGGUUGUUUGCAUACAGAUGGCCAUGGUGCCUAGUACAAUUACAACCAGGCUAUUGAGCACAACCAAUGGUUCCUAUGAACUAAACUCGUUGAUUAAAUUUUUUGCAGCCGUUAAUCAGUACUUUGCCUUACAAUGAAAUUAAUGCAGAAAAAUCAUCCAAUAAUGUGAGUAGUCAAAUUUCUUGAGAUACUAGCUCCUUUACAUAGGAAGUUUCAAGCCGCAUCAUUUGGUUUCACAAAACUAUACCCUCUACAUCAAUGCAGAUAGGGACGUGGGGUGUAUUUUUACUUACACGUAGAAAUACAAAGUUUUUAUUUUCAAAACAGACAUCUGAUUUAUGGGAGUAUGUCUGUUAAGAGCAUGCACAUAGUUACAUUUAGAAUCAGUCUUCAUUUAAUUUUCACAAAUGAUCAAUGUGCCCUCCUCUGGACACACAACAAAUAUCCAAACUGUAUUCAAGUUGAAGUAAGUUAAAAUUCACCCCAGUUUCUAUCUACUUUAGUGGAAAAGAUGUAGUCUUGUGAAAUCAGAUGAAUGUGUUUUAAAGAACCUAUAUUCAGAUGCAACUUGUUUCUCAGUUUGAGCUUUCUGUGACCAUGGAGUUGCCAACUACUACUAGUGCAGUUACUACUCUUGUGUCCCUACCUUUUAAAUGUGGGUGCACCAACUAAUCCAUAAUCUGCCCUUAUGCUGAAAAAUACAAAACCCAAUGGCUAGUCAUAAGUAUAAUGAUCAUAUCCUUUGGCCUUUUCUCACCUUAUACUGGAAGAUGGCUUAUUACUCAUCUCUGUUUCACUGUUUUGAUUUCUUUGUACUUUGAACAUUAUGUUUCCAUACUGUCAGAGCAGAUAUGAAUACUUCUGUUUCAUUUCCGUCCACAGUUGUUGUGAAAUUUGAGAGUGUAAUUGUCACAAGUACCUUGGGCAAAAUGUUGUUAGUUUUUAUCAUGUUACAGAAUGUUGUAUUGGGCAAAUGGUCUGUGUUUCAAAGAUACAGACAAUUAAAUGCUAUAGAGAGUUCAGAGUACCAUAAUUUUAUAUGCUGACUUCCUUUUGUACUGAAUGGAAAGAAGUGUUAGCAGCAUAAUAAAAUAAUGGUGAGUUAUUUUGUGCCUGUAUUUUGUUGUCAAAAAUUGAACCAGAAAAAUUGAUUAUUGAUGUUUAUAUUUAGAACUGAACAUAGAAGAUUGAUAGUAGCUUAGCUUAGAAGAUCUUAAUCCACAAGGAAAAAUUGUUUGUAACUAUUUGGAACAUGUUAGCAUCAGCAGAUAGGAACCUUGCCUGUAAGAAAUUUCUGUAAUGUUACUGUUUGUCAGACAAGUGUAAGAUAUUCAGAAGAUGAAGCUGCAACAUUUAUGGAAAGAAAUGGAACUGAUGCCCAAACUGUUGUCAUCUUGGUGAACCCCUGUAGUGAGCUUCACAUUAAAGCUUUGGAGUCAGUCUGUAAGGUGAGCUACAGUGACACAUUUGGUUAAGCAUUUUUGGCAAAAGGCAAAGUUCUAGGUUUAAGUCCAAAACAGACACAGUUUUGCUGACACAGUUUUGCUGGAGUACAAAAACUGCUGAAGGCCAAAAAUUUCGUUCUGAAAGUUGUAUAUUCCCUUAUUCGUAUUGUGGUGCUGGUAGAGGAAGUCUAGCUAAAUUUCAUGAGAAAAUUAUUUCAGCUUUCAUCGUAUCUCGAUAUGUGUAAUCUGGAUAACAGUUUUCAUGAGUCUAAAGUAGAAAAAUAGUCAUAUAAGUAAAAUAGUUGAGCAAAGGAGAAUACUAAACCAUUCAGCAGUGCAGAUUGUUUUCCAUACCAUGUUAAAUUAUGUGAAUCAUUUCCAGAUUGAUAUUGCUUCAUGAUAUAAAAGAUGUGAUUUGUUACAUCUACGUCUUUUCUUUCUGGAUGAAAAUUAUAUAUGUACUUAAUUUACUUUAAAUUUUUACACCAAGAUUUAGUGUUAUAAAUGUAGUCACACCUUGUAUAAAACUUUGUGUUUUUUGUGUGUUUCCAUUUUGUGCAAUAAGAUGAUUGUUGAGGAGGAUAAGGAUACAGUGUUAAUAUGUUAUAUAGAUAAUUAGUAAUUAUUUAAAAAAAACAGUAUCCAGAGGAAUUCGAGCGACAGAGAGACAGUGCCUGGUAAUGGAUGAUCUCACCACUUACAUAAGUUAACACUGUUCAACAGAUGUGACUCCUUACCUUUUAAUGAAAAAUGAUAAUUUUCCUGUGAAUUUGUGAGGGCCUUGACUUAAAGUGCAAUUGAAUUAAUUAAUGGCAUGUUCUUGUAGAAUUUUUUGAAUGUAUGGGUUGCCAGUUAAAUGUCUCACUGGUGAGUGUAUUUUUGUUUUGAGUGUUACUUUACAGGCACCUUGUCACUAUAAAGUUUGUUUACAUGAUUUUAUCAGUUUCCACAACUCAUUAAGUUUUAGAAUUUACAUAUUUUAUUUGCUGCAUUUUUAAAGGAAAAUUGAGUGCAACGCCACACCAUGUAUUAUUUUCACACAUACUGGAUUUUGGCAGAAUUUAACCAUCAGCAGCCAUCUGCAACUGCAAAUUUAAGAGCUAUGUGCAAAAGGGAAACUUUCUACCUAUUUGUUCCGAAAAAAUUGUGGUGUUGGGUUACCUGAGACUGCUUCUCUUCCAGAUGCUGCUGCCAAGGUAUGACUUCUGUAAAGUUUUGCAAUGUAUUUUUAAUAUAUACAGAUCAGCAUGUGGAUACUAUACAUUAAGUGUGACAUGCAGUAAUUGUGCUGUUCUAAGAGAAUUUAAUGUUAUUUAUUCUCAGAAAAUUUGCUAGUACAAAAAAUGAAACUACUAAGAGUGAUGGAAUGGGCAGUACUGUCACAAAUGAGGAUUUUGUGAUACUGACUAUCCAAACAUUUUUAUAUUUGGAAACAGUUUUUAUGCUGUGGGAUAGUUGUAGUUUGUUACAGUAGGGUAAUUUAUCAAAUUCCUUGAAGCAGAAUGUAUUCAAGUCUCUCAUGUGUAUAAAUAAAAUAAAAGUAAUUAUUUUCAUUGCAGUCAAUUUCUGUACCCAAGUUUGGAAAUUAAUGAUACAGUUAGGCUCUUUUGUCAGCCAGGUGUGUAUUGAGUUUUGCACAACUGCCAAAAUCCUUGAACUGUAGAGUAGUUUUGAAAGCCCUGUAAGCCAUGAGUAAUAUUAUGGUGACCACAUAAAUAGAGUAAGGGGGAAGCACACUACCUUCAAACAGCAUGGAUGAUUACUGAAGAUAUAUGAAAAUGAUGCAAGUAGCAUAGGCUCCAGUAGAGACUACUAAAAGCAUGUGCUGAAAAGUCUAUAGUAAAAAGUAAACCCACAUCACUUGCUGUAUGAGUCAAUUAAUAGGGAGACAACAAAAUAAUACUUUCUAUAACUCAGUGCUUAUUUAGUGAUAACAAUUUAAACUGCUCAGAAAUUUGUAAUAAUUCGUAUGCCUGAAGCAUAAAAGCAGAAAUUAGCAGGAGAGCUUCUGUGAAGUUUGGAAGGUAGGAGAUGAGGUAGUGGUGGAAGUCAAGCUGUGAGGAUGGGUCGUGAGUCAUGCUUGGGUAGUUCAGUUGGUAUAUAAUGGUGUAUAAUACCGAACUUCUCUGUGGUUUGUCAUAACAAAUCUGAGUAAUUGAAAUUGGUUAAGGUGGUUGCCAUUGAUAAAUUCUGACAACAUUUCAGCCACACACUGUCCCUUAGUCUUCUAGUGUAGUUGUCACAGAGAGCUCUGAAUUAAUGAAAGAAAUUACUUAAAGUUGCUUGUCAAAUAAUAGCUCAAGAGUUUAAUAUGAAAAUAUGUGUUUCAGCAUAACAGGCAUGUUGCAAAGUUACGUCUGUCUGAAGUUACAGGUUUCAAGUUAAAAUAUGUUAUGUAAAUAAUAUUUACUGCUUGUGACAUGAUUGUAACCAUUCUAAGUAUAGAAACUCCAGGAUGAGAACAAUCCACACUAAAUGAAUAAACUGCUUUUGCAUUCCUUCAAACAAUAGGCUUUGGGACAACUGUGUUUCAACUCAAAAGAGGCAGCGUUAAACUUACUUGCUUUUACAAAAUUAGGUGUAAACUUGUGUAUUAUUUUCUAUAUGCUGUGUGGGCAUAAAUUAUAAAAUGAGAUCAACAGUUUUGUAGGUUGUGUUCAUGUAAAAGUGGGCAAUAUUCUUUAAGGUACUCGGAGCCAACUUUCUCUGAUUUUGCCCUAAAUUACUGUUCCUUUUGCUAUAACUUAAAACAGUUUGUGGUUUCUACCUAGAUUCUCCACCGAAACUCCUAUGCCUGUAGCAUCUCUGGCUGAAUGAAUACUUUUUGUGGUGAAACAUUGAUAAGUAUUUUAACUUGAAAACAAUGCCUGUAUGUGAAUAUUUUGUUAUGCCAUCUCUCACAGUUAUUCUAUUUUCAAACACUGCUUUGUAUAUCUCCCUCUGUUACACAGCAUGACAUUGCUUGUGGAGUAUAAAUUUAAAUUACGUAUCUGUUCAUCUAGAUCAGUGGUAGUCAAAAGACAGCCUGUGGGCCACCUGCAGCCCGAAUCAAGUAAAUGUGUGGCCCAUGCUUCUCAGCUGUAGUGUGUAAUAAUAUGCAUCAAGCAACUAACAACUGAAUCGAAAAUGUCAGCUAACAUUAAGAACUUCUUAAUAGUGUAUUAUCUGUGCUCAGUAGCAAACAAAAGUACUUCCAGAGACAGUAAUGUUUUAAGAAGUGUUUCUUUCAAUUGACACUGGUGAUUUCUGCUGGAGCUACAUAAAGUUUUCCACAUAUGUUAGGGGCAGAGUGGUAUAUAGCACAGUCACUGCAGGGUUAAUAGGAGUGAGAAAGGAAAUGUUUUAGUGUUUGUCUUCCAAUGCCGACAACUCACAAGUGCGUGCAACUGGCACCAAUCACUGUUAUGGUACAAAUGUCAAAUAGAAGUAACAGAUUCGUGAAUAUGACUUAUAGAGGCAGUCAUCUUCAGAUGUGGUACAUGUUUGCAGCAAGUAAUAUGCAAUAAAAUUAAGGCUGUUGUAAUACAGUGCAACAAGAAAAAUAAAAAUUUCAUUAAAAAAUUGUGGUCAUGUCUUACAUUGCUAUUAGUGUUAUCAAUAUAACAUACUAAUCUGUAGAGGUUAUCAAUUAAUAGUACGAUUGGUAGGGGAAGGUGUGGUAAAGUGGCCAGGUCGGGAAAAUUGGCCAUUGCAUAUUUUUUUUGUGCUGAACAGCACUGCUGCCUGCCAACAAGUGGUCAAACUUGUUACGAAAUAAAUCACCAUAGUUGUCGGUCAGAUUCACAGAGGAAGCUUGAUCUAUUCUUUUUUAGUGAAAAUGUUUUUGUUUUUGAAUUGUCGGAUGCAAAAUAAGUCCUCUGUACUUACAAUCAUUGUUACCUUACUUGUAUGGAAUAUAAUAAAUUUUUUUACCAUAUCAAUGCUUAAGCAAUGUCUUUUGGCCUAUGAAUGUAGUUCCUUGUUAUUUACUUCAGUUUCUUCUGUGGAUCACUGAUGUCGAUGUGGCAUCCAGUUGGCAAAAAGGGUCACACUACUUGUCUGGAAAAGUGGCCAAGGUGUUCACCCUAGUAAGAGCUAGGAAAAAAAAAAUCAGCAGAAUAGUUGGAAAUUUGGACAGUAUUUUUGUGACAGUCAGUCUGACAGUUCUGCUAUCACAGGUUUUCAUAACAAAAAUAAACUUGCGACAUUAAGUUUGACUGUUCUGCUGUCACACAUUUUCAAAACAAGAAGUUCCACAGUGAAUAUUGAUAUUUUGCAAAAAAGAAUACAGUUGAAAGUGAUAUUUCAGUGUGUUAUCAGUGGUGACUAUAUCCUUGGUGCGUCGCAAAGAUUGAAUUGAUAUCAUUUCAUGGUAAUUUGGUGUGUUGCAAAUUGAUUCAGUUGAUAUACGAUUCAGAUAUUCAGUUGAUUUCAGUUUGUGGUUUAUUUCUUUGGAAAAAAUGUCACAGGUGAAGCAUUGAAAUAUAGGUCGGUGUACGUGCAACAGAGCCCAACUACAUGAUCAUAAAGACAAUGAGACUGACAAAGAACGUAGACAGCAUUUGGAGGCAAAUCGAAUAAGAAUUUCUAAGUGCAAAUCCAUUACGCCUCAAAAAUUUAUUUCAUUUCAAUAAAUUCGUGAUUGUAUUGAAAUUGUUUUGUUUCAAUUCACACAAAUUCAAGUAAAGUUUUGGUUGGCCGAAUCCCUUCUUGACUGACUGACUUAACAGAAAACAGGAAAGUUGUGUUCAUGGCAAAUUUUAUAAUCCUAUCUGUUUGUAGAUUAAAACCGUGUGCCAUUAAAACUACUGUCCUCUAAGAUCCAGCGGCUGGAAAGGUCUCUCUCAUACCCAUUGUACUAAUGAUUCCAGCCGAUUUACCAAUGCAUUUUGACUUUUAUCUCCAAUCAAGGCUCCGUUUGUAAUAACAGUAAAUAGGAUCAGAGGGAGGGGGAAGAGGAGGUGGACAGAGAGUGGGGAGAAAAUGGAUAUAAAGAAGGGGAAGGAGGAUAUGGUCAGAGAGAUAAGGAAGAGAAGAUGAAUAAAGUGAAUGUGUGAUAACAGAGGUAUAGGGAGCAGUGGGGAAGGUGAUGGACAGAGGUAGGGGGGAAGAGGAGGACAGGGAUAGAGGAAGGGGGGAUGGGGAGAGGAGUAGAAGGGGGGGGGAGAAAGAAAUUAGGACAUAUAUCCCAUUUUCAGGACAAAGAAAUUAGGACGUAUCCAAUUUUCAUUCAUAUGUAGCAAUUGAGAACCAUUGCCAGGUUUACUAGUAUAUUUAUAAUUUCAUAUUCGUGUGAGAGAUUUGAAUUCUGAACAUUAUCUGCAUCAAGGAACUGUGUAUUUCAUGUUGGUGUAUUCUGUAGACAUCUAAAUUUAACUUCCUUUAAGUUUAUAUUUAUGUAAAGUGUGAGCUUUGCGUGUCAAAAUAACUACAACUGUGCAUUUUUAGUUUCUGGAGACAUUAAAAGUAUUGCAGUAGGUCAGCCUUAAAAUGAUAGGUUGUGAUGAGAAUUGGUGGUGAUAAUUUUGGAUUACAAAUUUUUACUUUCUUAAAUGUAUUGAACUGUUGUAAUGAAUUGUUAACAAUAGAUUUUUAUUGCACAUUUAACUUUCUUAACUGUAUUUGAUGUGUAAAAAAACAUUUGUUUGCAGUGCAUGAAACUGAAAUCAGUGAGAACUUUGUAAUUUUCAUAGUCAUUAUGUAGGUAUACACCGUCCUAAAAUCUGGGAGUAUUAUUUCUAGCAUUGUAUUUCUCAUUUUGUUUUUAAUUAAGUGCAUUGGGUUACAGAAUUGUGAUUGUUUUCUACCUGCCAUCAUAUAUAUGCUAACAUAUCACAUGAAGCAUCCAGUGGUCAGCACAGUGAUUUCAAUUUUUUAAAUCCUUGUUUCUUAAUUUGUCCUCUAAUUGUCCAACAAUUUGACCUGAAGUUGCAGACAAAUAAUGAGUAGUCAUUUAUUGCCUUUGUUGUAGGGCUUGGCCUAAAUUACUAAGGGCACAAUGAUGAUAAUAAUAAGUCUUAAAGAAGUGUUUCAAUGAAUACACAUAAAAUAUGUAUACCAUUGAUAAGUGUUGUAGAAAUGUUUUUAUCAAAAUGUUGUUGUUAUGAUAAUGAUGUGGGUAUAAACCUAAGCAAUGUAGAAUAAUGUAGACCCCGGGAUGUGCACUGAUAGGAUUUUGUUGUUUGUUUUUUAAUGUGUAUAUGUAUGUACAGUAAUAAAUUGUGUGAGAUUCUAUAAAUUGUUACUCCAAAGUAUUUGUUUUUUUGUAUAGAUCACCAUAAGGUACAGCUUGCAUUAUAAUUUCAAAUAGUUUCACUUCUCAAAAUGAAAGUGUACUACUUCUGUGUCUUUGUAUGUACCUGUAUGAAAAACAGAUGACAUUGUCACUGUAAUGAUUGCACAAAUAAAUGUUGUCAGUGUUGUGUGUAA